CGGGGGAGGCCAGGGCGCUCACUGAACUCGGUCGGGAGCGGCCCCCGCGCUGCCCCCCGAGGCCAGGAAGGCGCAGCGUGUGGGUCCUCGGGGCUGGAGGGGCAAGCGCGGGGACGUGGCCUCGGCUGCUAGCAGUCCAGGCUUUCGCGUCUACUCUGACGUUUUGACCUUGGGCAAGUCAUUUUUCGCUGCCCUCUGCCCCUGUGUCAUCGGUAGCCUCUCUGCCCCUCCUCUGAGCAUGGGAAGCCUAAGGCGAUGUGGGAUGCCUGGCGCUGGUGGAGGGCACGGCGAGAGCUGGGCAGGCUGUGGGUGAUGGAAGAGAUCAGUAGGUGUUGGGUUCCUUACCCGAUCUGAUUAGGUGCCAGUCACUUAACCUCUCCAUGUUUUCGAUUCCUUUAGGGAGUAGAAUGGGAGUAGCUCCUAUUUGCCAGGCCUAAAAACGAGUGCCGUUUACAUUUUUUAUUGCACUCUGUGGUCCGAAGACAACCCUAUGAGGCAUCAGUAGGGUUUUACAGUUGGGGAAGUGGAGGCCUAACCAAGUCAGUGACUUUCUUACUGAAUUAUAGGUAAUAAAGUCUUCUGGAAGGCAGGAUGGUAGCAUGUGUUGAGUGUCCGCCAGCGUCUGCCCCUGUGGUAAAAUGAGCGGAGAUAAAUGAAAAGACUUCUGGAAUGGGCCCAUGAAGAUAAGUCCGUUUUACUCAUGAGCAGAUUGAGUUUGGUUAAGGUAACAGGGAUGUGGAUAGCCGCUGGAGACAGAACUAGUCCAAGUACCAGCUUUGCUCAGGUUAUUAUUCUGUCGUGCCUUGUCACUCCAGAAAAAGAAAAAAAGGAAGGCAUAAAAGUUGUUUGAAAUGCACAAAAGUGUAGGGCGUGCCAAGCAGUGUUCUGCUGCCGUUGAAGUUAGUGCAAAUUGGAAGUUGAGGCAUCUGGUAGCUUCAUGCUUUUUGCUUUUACCCCCGCCCUUCUCCCAGUUUCAGAUGACUAUCUUCUCUUGCAUUAUGUCUCUAGUUUCCCUGUUUUUUAAACAUAAUUGGGACGCACGGGUUCACAAUAGGUUGGAAUAUAUAUAUAUAUUUUGAGACAGAGUCUCUCUCUGUUGCUCAGGGUGGAGUGCAGCGGCACGAUCUCGGCUUACUGCAACCUCCCCCUCCCGGGUUCAAACGAUUCUCCUGCCUCAGCCUCCCAAGUAGCUGGGAUUACAGGCGUGUGCCACCAUGCUCGGCUGAUUUUUUUUGUAUUUUUAGUAGAGACGGGGUUUCACCAUGUUGGCCAGGCUGGUCUUUAAACUCCUGGCCUCGAGUAAUUCACCCAGCUCGGCCUCCCAAAUGCUGGGAUUACAGGCGUGAGCCACCGUGCCUGGCCAGGUUGGAAUAUUUGAACCCAGGAUAAUUGGUUACUUCAUUGGUGUUGCACAUUCAAUUCUGCCUCUUGUGUCUUCUCUGUGAACCUUCUUUGCUCUGUAUCUCCCUUUGGAUAACUAAAUGAUACUGUAUGUGAAUCUGUCCCACAGCUCCUGUGAUUUUCUGAGGCAAAAGCUUGGUCUAGAGGGGCGGGAUCUGAACAGUAAGCUAAUGGAUGGAGCUGUUUCCUGGGUCUUGCUGUUUUCCGGUUGGGCUGCUCAUUUCUUUUGUGCAGACUUUUGGAGGUUGUGUUCUGGCCUUUACUGUCACGUCACAUGUAGUCGUCAUUGGCACCGACUUGCUCCUUGGCUGUCUUUCCUUUUCCUCCUGUUUUUCAUGGGUAUGCUGUUCAGCAUGCCCAUUGGUACACUGAUCAUUUGACAGGUUUCGUGAUUUGUGAGUGUGUGUAGACACCACUAUUGGUAUUAGAUUUAGAAUUCUAAUUUUGGGUUUGUUGACAUCAUCUUUUUGCUGCUUAUCUCAUUCCUCUAUCCCUCGUAGGCUGAUUUUAUUUGGAAACUGAAUUUGGAUUCCAUCUUUGCCUUUCUGGCUGUGAAAUUACCUACUUUUAGAAAGCAUCUCAAAUCUUAUAUCUGUAACUGUCAUUCACAUGCCUUUUGAAGACCAGUCUGAGAUUUCAGAGGACCUCCUGGAGCAUAAACAUGGUAUUCCACAGAUAACUUAAAGCCAGAAAUUAUUUUUAAAACUAGGACUUUCAGCCUCCCUCUCACUCCGGGGGAAAAAGUGAUUAAAACACAAACACUGUUUCUCUUUUAUUCCUUAACAUGGUUAAUGACAUUAACAUCUCUUUGAAUGUUCUACUAGAAAUGCCAGUUAUCCUUGUUGCUCUUUAUCUUUUAUCUUUCUGUCUUGUCAAACAAAGCCAUGUUCUUAUGCACCUGCAGGGUCUGCUACUCUCAGGCCUUUGCCAGUUCUCACAUAGGUUGAUAUGGUGGCUUUCUGACUUGUUUUCCUGAAUCUCCAUGUCUCUCCACCUUCUAUCCUCUCUCCCGAGUCACCGCCCUAAAGUGUAAAUUUGAUUGUGUAAUGACCCUGCUUUAAAAAUUGGAUGAGGCUGGGCGCGGUGGCUGAUGCCUGUAAUCCUACCACUUUGGGAGGCCGAGGCGGGUGGAUUGCCUGAGCUCAGGAGUUCUAGACCAGCCUGGGCAACACGGUGAAAUCCUCUCUCUACUAAAAUACAAAAAAUUAGAUGGAUGUGGCGGUGUGCACCUGUAGUCCCAGCUACUCGGAAGACUGAGGCAGGAGAAUCACUUGAACCUGGGAGGCGGAGGUUGCAAUGAGCCGAGACUGUGCCAUUGUACCCCAGCCUGGACCACAGACAGAGUGAGACUCCGUCUGAAAACAAAAAACAAACAAACAAACAAAAUUGGAUGAUACCUUGAAGCUCCUACCGGAUAAAGUCCAAUUUCUUUUUUUGAAGCCCAAUUUCUUUAUCAUUAUGUGUAAGGACCUUUGUAGUCUGUGGCUCCAAAUUCAUUUUCCAGCCUUGUCUCCUGUCAUUCCUCAUCAGGGAACCUCUUGUUUUGAUGAAGCCCAGCUUUCCUGCCACUCUAGUGCGUUGUUAAUGCCUCUGUAUUUUUGCACACAUUGUUUCCUUCCGCCUUACUGAAUCCCAUGAUUCUUUCAAGACUCAACUCUUCGUGAAGCCUUUUUCAACUUGCCUAACUCUGUUUAUGUUUCUUUACUAUCAUAACACUUCAUGCAUGCAUUUAUGUAGUUGUUAUAUUACUUUAUCUUUAGUAACUUGUGUUUGUUUUGGUAGCUGCCUUAUGGGUAGGCUUAUUCACUUUUGUAUCACUAAUGUCUAAAAUAGCAUUUAACACCAAGGAUACCAUAAGACAAAGCUCUCAUGGAGUUUAAAAUGAAUCUGGGACAUAGCAGAUACGUAAAAGUAGUUGUGGAAUGAAUUGACUGUAGAAAAAGCCUUUCAAAUAUAUAAAAUUAUAUUCUAGACCAUAAGUAGUGAUCUUUCUCUUGUUUUUCAAACAUUCCUUCCUUUCCUUAGGAAAAACAUAGAAUGGAAAGCCCAGCCCAUCCUUGUUGGCUGUCAUACACGAGUGCUGUCUCCAAGGGAGUCACAGGUGUCUCUGAUGUGAGAGGAUCCCGGGGAGAUUGAGCUUACUGCCUGGGAACUUUUGGAUUUCUGGAGAAGCAGGCUGUGGUAGCCUGGCUCUGCGUCAGUGAAUACCUGGGAAAGGAGCUGGAGCUCUAUUUUGCUUGCUUUCUGCAUUCAUUUCUUUUAGAGCUAAUGGGGACACAAUAUUUUGAAGUUUUUCCAUUUCAGGUCUACAGCAUUUAGUGGUAUUUUCCUUAUAGUUAUGUUUUCCAAAUACUUCUCAAUUUCUUUGGUUCUGACAUUUCACAAUGAUUUAAAAAAAAAUGUAAUAUGGAAAUUAAACUUGAGGUUUUCGGAAGCUGCUUUCAAGGUGUCUAGAUACAGAGAGAAGAAUGUCACAGUAGGAAGUGCACUGGACUAGGGGAGUCAGGAGACCCGGGUUCUUGUGUUGGCGCCAUCACUCAUGAGCUACGAGGUGACUUCAGGCUGCCAUUGGACCUGUCAAGUGCCUGAGUCAUGUGAUAAUGGGCUACAUUGCGCAGGGCCCCUGGGCCAUCUCCACAGGAGAUGCCAGAGGACGAGUGCCCACUUGCUGGUCUUCACAGAGCACGCUGAAAUGAGACGGUUUAAGCGGAAGCAUCUUACUGCCAUUGACUGCCAGCAUUUGGCUCGGAGUCACUUGGCUGUGACCCAGCCCUUCGGUCAAAGAUGGACAAACAGAGAUCCGAACCAUGGUCUCUAUCCUAAACCGAGAACAAAAAGAGGGAGUAGGGGUCAGGGACGUCAAAGAUGCAUCCCUGAGUUCUUCCUAGCAGGCAAGCGGCCGUGCACCAAUGACAUGGCCAAAAGCAAUUCUGUUGGCCAGGACAGCUGUCAGGACUCUGAGGGUAACAUGAUCUUUCCUGCAGAGAGCAGCUGUGCACUGCCUCAGGAAGGCAGUGGAGAAGCAGGGCUGGGCUCGUCAGGGUCUGCCCCGCCCUCCAGGAAGCGGUCUUGGUCCUCUGAGGAAGAGAGUAACCAAGCUACCGGGACCAGCCGGUGGGAUGGAGUUUCUAAGAAAGCUCCACGGCACCAUUUGUCUGUGCCAUGCACAAGGCCUAGGGAGGCCAGGCAAGAAGCAGAGGACAGUACGUCCCGGCUCUCUGCGGAGUCUGGUGAAACCGACCAAGAUGCUGGGGACAUGGGUCCUGAUCCCAUUCCUGACUCAUACUAUGGGCUUCUUGGGACCUUGCCCUGCCAGGAAGCAUUGAGCCACAUUUGUAGCCUGCCUAGUGAGGUCCUGAGGCACGUGUUUGCCUUCCUCCCGGUGGAAGACCUCUAUUGGAACCUGAGCUUGGUGUGCCACUUGUGGAGGGAGAUCAUCAGUGACCCGCUGUUCAUUCCUUGGAAGAAGCUGUACCAUCGAUACCUGAUGAAUGAAGAGCAAGCUGUCAGCAAAGUGGACGGCAUCCUGUCUAACUGUGGCAUAGAAAAGGAGUCAGACCUGUGUGUGCUGAACCUCAUACGAUACACAGCCACCACUAAGUGCUCCCCGAGUGUGGAUCCCGAGAGGGUGCUGUGGAGUCUGAGGGACCACCCCCUCCUCCCCGAGGCUGAGGCGUGUGUGAGGCAACACCUCCCCGACCUCUACGCUGCUGCCGGGGGUGUCAACAUCUGGGCCCUGGUGGCGGCUGUGGUGCUCCUCUCCAGCAGUGUGAAUGACAUCCAGCGACUGCUCUUCUGCCUCCGGAGACCCAGCUCCACGGUGACCAUGCCAGAUGUCACCGAGACCCUGUACUGCAUAGCCGUGCUUCUCUACGCCAUGAGGGAGAAGGGGAUUAACAUCAGCAAUAGGAUUCACUACAACAUUUUCUAUUGCCUAUAUCUUCAGGAGAAUUCCUGCACUCAGGCCACAAAAGUUAAAGAGGAGCCAUCUGUCUGGCCAGGCAAGAAAACCAUCCAACUUACACAUGAACAACAGCUGAUUCUGAAUCACAAGAUGGAACCUCUCCAGGUGGUGAAAAUUAUGGCCUUUGCCGGCACUGGGAAGACCUCAACGCUGGUCAAGUACGCAGAGAAGUGGUCUCAGAGCAGGUUUCUGUAUGUGACGUUCAACAAGAGCAUCGCAAAGCAGGCCGAACGCGUCUUCCCCAGCAACGUCAUCUGCAAAACCUUCCAUUCCAUGGCCUAUGGGCACAUAGGGCGGAAGUACCAGUCAAAGAAGAAGUUGAAUCUCUUCAAGUUAACACCCUUCAUGGUCAACUCCGUCCUUGCUGAAGGGAAGGGUGGAUUCAUAAGAGCCAAGCUUGUGUGUAAGACUCUAGAAAACUUCUUUGCCUCGGCUGACGAAGAGCUGACCAUUGAUCACGUGCCUAUUUGGUGUAAGAACAGCCAAGGACAGAGAGUCAUGGUUGAGCAGAGUGAAAAACUGAAUGGUGUCCUUGAAGCAAGCCGCCUCUGGGAUAACAUGCGGAAGCUGGGGGAGUGCACGGAAGAGGCGUACCAGAUGACUCAUGACGGCUACUUGAAACUCUGGCAGCUGAGCAAGCCUUUGCUGGCCUCUUUUGACGCCAUCUUUGUGGAUGAGGCCCAGGACUGCACACCAGCUAUCAUGAACAUAGUUCUGUCUCAGCCAUGUGGGAAAAUCUUUGUAGGGGACCCACACCAGCAGAUCUAUACCUUCCGGGGUGCGGUCAACGCCCUGUUCACAGUGCCCCACACCCACGUCUUCUAUCUCACGCAGAGUUUUCGGUUUGGUGUGGAAAUAGCUUAUGUGGGAGCUACUAUCUUGGAUGUUUGCAAGAGAGUCAGGAAAAAGACUUUGGUUGGAGGAAACCAUCAGAGUGGCAUUAGAGGUGACGCAAAGGGGCAAGUGGCCUUGUUGUCCCGGACCAACGCCAACGUGUUUGAUGAGGCCGUACGGGUGACGGAAGGGGAAUUCCCUUCAAGGAUACAUUUGAUUGGGGGGAUUAAAUCAUUUGGAUUGGACAGAAUCAUUGAUAUUUGGAUCCUUCUUCAGCCAGAGGAAGAACGGAGGAAACAAAACCUCGUCAUUAAAGACAAAUUUAUCAGAAGAUGGGUGCACAAAGAAGGCUUUAGUGGCUUCAAGAGGUAUGUGACCGCUGCCGAGGACAAGGAGCUUGAAGCCAAGAUCGCAGUUGUUGAAAAGUAUAACAUCAGGAUUCCAGAGCUGGUGCAAAGGAUAGAAAAAUGCCAUAUAGAAGAUUUGGACUUUGCAGAGAUGGAGUCUCACCAUGUUGGCCAGGCUGGUCUCGAACUCCCGACCUCAGAGUACAUUCUGGGCACUGUGCACAAAGCCAAAGGCCUGGAGUUUGACACUGUGCAUGUUUUGGAUGAUUUUGUGAAAGUGCCUUGUGCCCGGCAUAACCUGCCCCAGCUUCCGCACUUCAGAGUUGAGUCAUUUUCUGAGGAUGAAUGGAAUUUACUGUAUGUUGCAGUAACUCGAGCCAAGAAGCGUCUCAUCAUGACCAAAUCAUUGGAAAACAUUUUGACUUUGGCUGGGGAGUACUUCUUGCAAGCAGAGCUGACAAGCAAUGUCUUAAAAACAGGCGUGGUGCGCUGCUGCGUGGGACAGUGCAACAAUGCCAUCCCUGUUGACACCGUCCUCACCAUGAAGAAGCUGCCCAUCACCUAUAGCAACAGGAAGGAAAACAAGGGGGGCUACCUCUGCCACUCCUGCGCGGAGCAGCGCAUCGGGCCCCUGGCAUUCCUGACAGCGUCCCCGGAACAGGUGCGCGCCAUGGAGCGCACUGUGGAGAACAUCGUACUGCCCCGGCAUGAGGCCCUGCUCUUCCUCGUCUUCUGAGGACAAGGCGCACGUUCUUCGCAGUGCAGAACAGCUUGCCGAGGACCCCGCGUGAAGAAAGCCAGCGAGGGGGGCUUCUGCUCCCUGAGACUCUGGGUUCACCCACAGCACUUUCCGAGGAAGAGGACACCAGUCCAAGCUGGACCUGCCAUUUCUCCACUCCCUACAGACAGCCAGUCUCCACUUGCCUCCCCUCUGGACGUAUCUGGUCGGGGAAGUGGGGGAUGUUCUUUUGAUAAAAAAAAAAAAAAUUUUAUGUAUUUAAACUUUUAUUACAAGAUUUCAAUUAAACAGGCACCAUAGCACUGGCA